UACUCGUUAAUGUUCCUUAAAAAUCACCCAGAAUAUCUGGUUUAUGUCCAUGUUGUGUUGAUAGACAGUGUAAAAAGUAACGGAUAAAAACGUGGCCAGGCGUUCUAAUCUGGGUUAACGGAGAGCCGGAGCAGCAGCUGGAGGGGCGGAGCAGCUCUCUGCUCUCUGCGGGGGGAAGGAGCUCCUCAGACGGGGAUGGAGAUAGCCUCUACCCGGCCUUUCUCCCACUGAUCUCCGGCCGGCAGCUGUUGGUGUGUUCGGAGUCCAGGUGAAGAUGUCUGUCUCCGGGAUGAAGAAGCAGCUCCACAAAGCCAGCCAGCUGCUGAACGAGCGGCUGAUGGGAGCAGAAGGAACAAAGAUGGAUGAAGACUUCCUGAAGAUGGAGAAGAGCGUCGUCGUGAUCAACUCACUGCUCGUCGAGCUGCUCUCCAAAACCACAGAGUUCCUCCAACCGAACCCAGCAUACAGAGCCAAACUGAGCAUGCUCAACACCAUGUCCAGGAUACGAGGACAGAACAAGGCGGUGGGAUACCCGCAGACAGAAGGCAUGCUGGGAGAUUGCAUGUAUCAGUACGGACAGGAGCUGGGAGCCGCGUCUGACUUUGGUGGCGCUCUGUCAAGCGUGGGUGAAGCUCUACAGCAGGUCGCUCAGUCCCGGGACAUUCUGGACGUCAACGUCAAACGCGGCUUCAUCGACCCGCUGCAGGAGCUCCACAACUCGGAGCUAAAGGACAUCAGGUUCCAGCUGAAGAAGAUGAACGGUCGCCGCCUCGACUUCGACUACAAGAGGGGACGUAAAGGAAAGGUCCCGGUGGAGGAGGUCCGACAGGCGUGGGACAAAUUCAGCUCGUCUAAAGAGCAGGCAGAGAGGAGCAUGUUCGUCCUGCUGCAGAAUGACGUCGAUCAGCUCGGUCGUCUCUCCUCUCUGGUCUCUGAACUUUUGGACUUUCACCGCAACGCCCAGCGAAUCCUGUUCAGUCUCCAUGGCAACCUGCAGGCCAGACUGACGGCGGCCUCCAACAGACCAGAGCGACGGUUCAGACCUAAAAAGAUCAGAAUCAGGAGUGAACACAACAGCAGCAUCGGAUUUUACCACCAGCCGACCCUCCCCUCUACGGUUUCCUCAGACGAGUUCACGGUGGUCCCGUCCAGACCGGGCAGCCCCAUCUCCUGUUAUGCCGACAGUAAGACCGUCCUGGAUCAGCCGUGUUGCCGGGCGAUGUACUCCUUCCACCCGAACCAGGACGGCGAGCUGGACUUCGACGAGGGUGACAUCAUCAUCCUCACCAACCGGGUCGACGCCAACUGGUACGAGGGCGCUCUGGGCAGCCGGUCAGGACUCUUCCCCGUCAACUACGUGGACGUGCUGGUGCCUCUGCCGUUACCGUGACGACACACUAAACCCCCCUGACUCCAGGCUGAAUGUGAGACGACACCCAGCAGGACGAUAUGCAACCUCCCAGCUCCUUGUUCGCACUUUUUCACUCUCAGCAGGCCGCCGUUUGGCGCCUGUCUCACAGGAAAGGAAGGCCAUAGAUUGUACUGAAGAGCACUUUACUUUCUGAUCUCAUGUUUUAUUUUGAAACACCAGCCGAUAAGGAGAGCUCAGUCAGUAACAGGACGUUUUUAGACCCUUUAAGACUUAAACCCUGCACAGACCUCCUCCUGCCUUCACAGCACUGCACAUUUCUAUUCAAACACACCCACCUAGGUUUUUAAUGCAGAGUUACUUCAGCUUUGGUCCCUUUAAAUAAGAUAGUCAUCCUGCUAAUGACCUGGAGAAAAUCACCAGGAUUCACUGAUCCAGGAGUGAAAUGGAAUAAAUGGAGUCAUGACUGCUUCUGGUUUCCACGCUCAGAGGAAAGAGUCGGCCGAAGCUGGAAAUAUGUCUUUAGAAUUAAAAUUAGGGGUGAAUUCAUUCAGUAUCUCAGUCUUUAUAACAGCAGAGUACCAGAGAACUAAAUCUAUCUAGUCUAUCUAUAACAGGGGUGUCAAACUCAGUCACAGCAGGGGCUGGAUUCUGGAUUCAGGUCUAACCUGAGGGCCUAACAGGGUCAACGUUUUAGCAGAAACUGUCAACC